UGUAAUGCUCUUGCAUUGUUUGCAGUUGCCCUUGGUAGUGCCCAAAAUCGGGAACCCCGUGUAGCAAAUGCACGUGCCGCGAGCGCUGCAAACACAAGAGGUGCGUUGGCAGGGAACCUGCGCGGUGGAGUCGAGUCUGUCGGUCCCAGUGGAGCUCCGGGCACCACCAUAACGCUUGGAGGCACCGUCAGUGGCGGUCUUGGAGGCCAGGGAGCAGGUUUUCCUUCAGUGUGGAGUGGAAGUUACGCACCAACCCAUGGCUGGAAUCAAGGUUUUGGACAAGCUAAUGGUUAUAGCUACAACCCUUACGGCUACGGUUCCUACGGCUACAACCCUUACGGCUACGGUUCCUACGGCUACAAUCCUUACGACUCUAGUUCCUACGGCUACAAUCCUUACGGCUACGGUUCCUAUGGCUACAAUCCUUACAGCUACAACUAUGGAAACAACGUUUACACCAACGGUUACGGUUAUGACGGCCAUCAUUACAACAGCAACAACCGCCACCUGUGAGUGACACCCACCGGUGUAGCAGCUGCAGCUGCUACGCGUUUUAUCAGUUCUCUCCGUGCUUCUAGUUAACCUGCGACUUUACUACCAAAAGUGCUAUGUCACAACAAGAUAACAGACAUAAAAUACGGGAACGAAAUGACGUAUUUUGCA